AUGAAAAGGAAAAGAGAUCGGGUUGAAAGAGAAGCUAAUGGAAUGAGGCAUACAGUCUCAAAAAAGGGAAUGAUCAUUAGAUGUAAAGUUGAUGUUCAAGUAGACCUUGAAGAUGAAUUGGAAGUGGAACAUGCAGUUAUGUUUGAAAGUGAAAGUGAUAGUGACUUUGAAAGUGAUGUGGAAGCUAACAUUGAAGUUCCUGAUGUUGAUGUUCCUGAAGUUGAUGUGGAGGCUAACAUUGAAGUUCCUAAAGUUGAUGUUGAGGCUAAGAUUGAAGUUCAUGAAGUUCCUGAAGUAGAUGUUAACAUUGAAGUUCCUUUAGUUCAAGAUAACAUUGAAGAAGAUAUUCAAGAUGAAGUGGAGCAUGAAAUUCAAGUUAACAUUCAAGAAGAAGUUCAAGAUAUUGUGGAAAAGGAAAAUCAAGACAAUGCAGAAAUUCAAGUUAGGAAGAGGACAAUAAAAAGUUCAAAAAGAAUUACAAAGAUUAUGCUAAGGAAGAACAUAGGGAGGAAAGAGGGAAGCAGUAAUGAACACCCACUGGAGAUUUGA